GUCAUUUAGCAGACGCUCUUAUCCAGAGCGACUUACAAAUUGGGCACACACACACACACUAAGUCUGGCAUAGUUCGUUUUGUUUCAGUAUGUUGCAUUGAAUGUGGGUAAAAUUAUGUUGAUUUGAUCACAAUUGACGUUGAUAGUGUUAAAUAAAUGGGACCUUUCCAAACUUCCCGGAGGCUCUGCAUGCCUUGCUGGAAUGGUUCGACUAAGGGAGACGCCCGUAUGUCUCCAUACGGGUGAAUGAGUGUGUGUGUAUUUAAGAACUGGGAUUGUUGUACAAGUCCCCACAAAAUAAGCAUAGACAUUUGCUAUUUUGAUCUCAACUUUACCAUUGAAAAUGGAGACUCGGAGGUUCGCAACUGGUUCCAUUGCCAACCCUGUUCAAUUUCGGGACCAGCACUAUGUAGCCCUCCUAGAUGCGUGCGUUAAAUCCGGUUCACUGUUCUCUGACCCAACCUUCACCCCGGACCAGAGCUCCAUCGGUAUGCCUACCGACCCAGACCCCAAAAAGGAGGUCAAGUGGCUGCGACCCAAGGAGAUCAGUGCCAAUGCUGUGUUUGUGGAGGACACGACGUGUACCACCGAUAUCUGCCAGGGCCAGCUGGGUGACUGUUGGCUUCUGGCUGCCCUGUCCUGCCUUACCAUGCACCCCAAUCUCUUUGUUAAAGUGGUACCACCUAAUCAGAGCCUGACAGAAUCCUAUGCUGGCAUCUUCCACUUCAUGUUCUGGCAGUAUGGUGAGUGGGUGGAGGUGGUAGUGGAUGACAGGCUACCUGUACGCGAGGGUCGCCUGCUCUUCAGCUACUCCUGUACCCGUAACGAGUACUGGAGCGCCCUGGUGGAGAAAGCCUAUGCCAAGCUGAUCGGGUCAUAUGGAAGUCUGAAGGGGGGUAAUAUCUCAGAGGCUAUGGAGGAUUUUACAGGGGGCAUAGCCUACUCCCUCCCUGUCUCCUCCCGCGCCCCCAGGGUCAUGUGGAAAGCCCUCUCUGCUGCCCUGUCCCGUGGCAGCCUGCUCAGCUGCUUCAUACAGGCUAGUAACUACCGUGAGAUAGGCACAGUGACUGCAGAGGGACUGGUGAAGGGCCAUGCCUACGCCAUCACAGACACUGACACGGUGAAGAAGCCGGCUGGUGAGGCCUUGUUGCUGAGGCUGAGGAAUCCCUGGGGCUGUGUGGAGUACUCUGGACCCUGGAGUGACAAGAGUAAAGACUGGGAUGAUGUGGAUGCUGCUGAGAAGAAAAGGAUUGAUCUGAAAAACAGUGAGGACGGCGAGUUCUGGAUCCGUGCGGAGGACUUCAACAAGCUGUUUGACACAGUGGAGCUGUGUAGUGUGGUCCCUGACCGCAUAGUGGAAGAGGACACAUCCACCGACCCCGACUCCCCUGCUGACCCCCCCUCUGCCUGGACCCUCAGCUCCCACAAAGGCUCCUGGGUAUCGGGCUCCACUGCAGGAGGGAGCUGUAGUUACCCUCGAUCCUUCUGGAAGAAUCCCCAGUUCCAGCUUGUCCUUGCCGAGCAUGAUGAUGAUAUACAGAUGACCCCGGGGGGAGAAGAAGGUGGCAGGGAAGCAGAGGAGAAGGCAAAGCAGUGCACCGUGCUGGUGGAACUACUGCAGAAAGACCGGAGAAAGAAGGAGAAAAUCAACUUCCUCCACAUCGCCUUCCACAUCUACAGGGUUCCUCCAAAGCUCCGGGGCCUGUGUCUGGACCAGAGCUUCUUCUCUUUCAAGCAGCCUGUGGGGAGUUCUGGGGUGUACCAGCCUUUCAGGGCUGUGUGGAGGGAGGUGAGGCUGGACCCAGGAAACUACGUGAUCCUGGCCUCCACCUACAGUCCCAACCAGCCCGCGGAAUUCUUCCUCCGCGUCUACUCCAAGACUGGCAACAAUCUGGGGACCCAAGACUUCACUUGCUCCACUGGCUUCCUCAUGGUCAUGUCAAUGCCACCAGUCUUGCCAGAGGAUCGCAAGAGAGUACAGAAGACCUUUGAUGAGGUGGCGGGGCCGGAUGACAAGCUGAAUGCUAAGGAGUUCAUGAAGCUGGUUAACUCAGUUCUGGAGAAAGACUACCAGCUGCCACUGGAGACAUGCAGACAGCUCAUCUUUGGAGAGGAAACUGGAGGGCGUAGCAGUCUGACCCGAGAGCAGACAGAGCCUGUGCUGGCCUCUCUUCGCAGUCUGCAGUCCAUCUUCUUCAAGUUUGAUCAGGACUCUUCAGGGACUAUGAGCCCCUUUGAGCUUAGUCUGGCCCUCCAGGCUGCUGGUGUGCAGUGUGAUGGCCAGGUCAUACAGCUGCUGUGGGAGAGGUUUGGCUCUGGGGAGCUGCACCUGCCUUUCCAUGGCUUUGUGGCCUGUGUCACCAGGCUGCGCAAGCUAUUCGCCCUGUAUAAAUCAGAGAACAACCCUGAGGUCAAAGACGGAGGAAUCAAUACUUGGCUGCUCCGACUCCUGACCGUGUGAGAGUGCUCUGUAAAGGGGGUUCCUGCGUGGGCACUGCAGGGUCAUUCUGUCUGUCCAGGAACAUAUGAUAACAUCAUGCCUCUGCCGGCGCCCUCGUCCACACACACACAGGCGCACACGUACACCACACACACAAACAGCCCCUGGCCUUUGUCACCAUAAGAUACCCCGCAUAUCAGUUAAGUAUUUUCAGCAAUUGAGUCAAGUAUUUUCAGUUCUACAGCCAAGUAUUUCUUUAACCUUUCAUUAUUUGAGUUUUAAAUAGUGAAAAUGUAGUUGAAGCCCUGUAGUUGAAAUGUAUCCAAAAAUAAAAAAUGUUGUAAAAAUGAA